GGCAGUCGCAGUACAGUCUAGUACUUGAAGAGAGAAAACCACGGCAUGAUGGUGGUUUUAAUUCGCCGUCCGUCUGUUUCUUGUAUUUAUUAGGAAUGUUUCAGAUAUAUGGAGCUUACAAAACCAUGACUCUUUGUCAGGCGAGUUUCAAAUACUUUUUAGUUCAAUAUUACACAACAUUUAUCAACAAAGGGGCGAUUCUGAGUUUGGUGUUGCUGUACAUUUAUUAAAUUUAGGAUGCGGCUACAUGAGCUACACCAAUUACGUCUGAAGGAGUGUCACUUCCUAUUUGGCAGGAGGUGGAGAUAACGUUUAAGUUUCACCUCCAAUCUCGCGGACCUACGCUUUCUGACAUUUCGUGUCAAACAGGCAAACAGGGGAUUCCCAUUUUGCGAGCUGAUUAAAAACCAGCGACAUAACCUCAUGGUUUUGUUUUUAACACACGUUUGAACGGCUCAGCCAACAGCCACACUUGGCACACAGCGGGCUUCCUUGUUCCUGUUGUAACGAGACUUACCAUUGAAGCGCAACGCACAGCUAUGAAGAGCGUUAUGGGUGAAGAAUCGCAAAAUGCACGCGAAGAUGCCUUCAACGAUUAUUUGAUCUACUACCAGCAGGUUUGGCCGCAGGGCAAUCUUAGCCUCUGCCAGGAGACCGAAGUGGCAGAAAAAGCUAGGCGCUUUUUGCUGACAGAGACCAAUCCAGAUUCAAGGUUCACGGUGUUUGGCUUCUACCGGACUGUCUCCGAAUGCCUAACGGAGGGCAGGAGAGAAUGCCGGGAUGUCCUCAAGGACCUGGUCAAAGCCACUGAAGUUUUGGAGAUGCUCUGUGUCAACCUCUUUCUGUUUCCUUGGAAGAAGGAGAUCAAAACAUUGAAGACCUUCACCGGCCCGUUUGUUUACUGGAUCAAGCCAGUGCUGCCACAAGGCAUGGUCAAAAGUAUCCUGGAGAGUAUAGGAUAUCGCCCGGAGACGGACAUGGAGUACCGGCUGGACGCGAAUGUGGACCCUGGAACGGCCGCCCGGAUGGGCUUCGAGCUCUUCCUGGCCCGGCAGGAGUGCGAGUACCUGCUGGAGGUUAUGGGCCAAAGCGGGUGCUGGGAAUUUGACCCGGUCCUCAUGCAGAGGUUCCCACAGGCCCCCCUUUGCCCCUGCGAGGCCAGCGAAGGUGUGCGGGAGGACCUGGGGGCGGAGCCAGCUCCUGCAGACAGAGAGAAUGCCUCGCUCCACGUCAGCAGGAAGGAGGAGGAGGAGGAGGAGGAGGAGGAAGGGGAGGAGGAGCUGGACAGAGGGCGCUCUCUGGUCGAUCCAGGGGAGGAGGGCCGUCCUGAGGAGGGCCUGACUUCGGCCGGGGCGGCGGGAGGGGGCGACGAGGGUCCGGAAGUUCCCCGGAGCCUGGAGUUCCCGCCCCCGAACGGGGCGGGGGAGCCCGUGGUCGGGCCAGCGCGCAGCCUCCUGACGGACGACGGGUCGAUACGGGAGAUGCGGGAGCAUUACCCCGACCUGACCUUCCGACAGAAGCCUGUGUUCGGGGAGCCGGCGGGCCCGCCCGCGGGGCAGAAGAGGGAGAAGGCGGGACGGAGGACCCCUAAAGGGGGCUCCACGGCGGGCAGCGACCUCUGCGCGGCCCCGUCGGUCGCCAGGCUGCCCGAGUCCCGCCCAAUCGCCGGCGCGACCGCGGGGUCGCCCAAGCCGGGGAGACGCCCACCUGACGAGCACGCCCAGGAGAAAGAGCCCGUGGAAACGGAGACGUGCCGCGCCCAGGGGGCGGGGCCCAGAGCAGCGCAGGGGGCGGGGCUCAUAGGAGCCCAGGGGGCGGGGUCCAGAGCAGCGCAGGGGGCGGGGCUCAUAGGAGCCCAGGGGGCGGCGCCGGAGAGCAGCCAGGCCUCUGCGGACGAGUGCCUGGUCUCCGAGCUGGCCGAGAGGAUGGGCCAAAUGACCGUGCAGGAGCACCGCGCCGACGCCGAGCUCAAGUACCCCGUGGAGGAGACCGCCUGGCAGGACGCCAGGCGUUGCCGCGACGACGACGGCGGCGGCAGAGCCACGCCCCUCGGCUCGCCCAGAGACAAGGCCCAGCCGGUGGCGUGCCACCCUUCCCAGGCCCCCCAGUUCGGCGUCCCCGGCUGCCGCGAGUGCUCGCCGUGCGACGCCAUCAAAGAGCCCCCGCAGUCCUACUACAUCCCACCCCCUUGUGAUGCCAUAUGUGCCCUGCCCCCUUCCCAGGGCCACGCCCAGCAGCCGGAGGAGGAGCUGCUGGAGACGUACGUUUUGGUGGAGCGCGAGCAGAAGGAGGCGUAGCCUCGCCCUGGAGCGCGGGCGCUAGCUCUGCGCUGCCUGAAGGACUGAGGCUUAGAGCCGAACUCAGGCUAAUCAGCGAGCUCUGCCUUUUACAUGUUCUGUUUACCGCUCUAACCCUUCUUAUUGUUAAGAAUAAGUUAGUUCUUUUUUCACUUCAGAUGCCACCUUUGACUUAAGUUCGAGGGUCUGCCAGUCUCAUGCUGGAGUGUCAGUAUUUUGGGGGGGGGGAAACCACACUGUUAUCAGUUCGUCAAAGCUUAGGACAGUGCAUAUUAGUUAUAUUUAAUAUAGGCCACAAUGUGGUAAUUUCACCUACAGAUACAUUGACAUCUACAGGUGAGAUUGGCGCCUGGUCAGUGGCAACAUGCACUAGACUGAGUAUAAUAUACUGACUUUUUGUGGCUUAUAGUUGAUUCAUGUUCAUCAAUGUGUAAUGGCUGUCUUGUACAGGGAAUCUUUACAUUACCAAUUUUUUCUUUUUGCUUUGCACUGUAUCUCAGGUGAAGGAACAUUACAGAUAUCUACACUUUUACAAUGUAUGCUAUUAGGUACUGUAUGUGAGGUGUGAACCGAUAAUGCUGAAGCAAAUUUGCACUUAAAGGGACAGCACUGUUCUCAGUGUUUCAGUUUCUGACCGUGCCUUAGUAUAUUUCUUCUCCAAACCAAAGAUUCUGCUGAUGAUUUUUGUUUGGUGAUUUCAUGACAACUACUGAGUAUCGUGAUUUUCUGAUACGACCCCACAUACGGCGAUAAUCCGUCCGAUGUAAAAGAUUAAAGCCUCUUGGUGCUACACCAUA